AUGUUUUGGCUGCGCCCAUUCUCAGUAGCGCUUUUUGCAAGUGCAUACAGCUUUACUGUGAAUGCAACACCGGAUGCCUCGACGGAUGCAUUGAGUCUAAUUCCACCCUGCGGACUCGAAUGUAUCAUAACAAAAUUACCCCUUAUCGGCUGCGAUCUUCUGGAUACCGAGUGCCAAUGCAAUUCCAAGAAUUCGACCGAGAUCCUCCAACCGUGCUUGAUGGAAAAAUGCACCCUCGAUCAGACUUUCGACAUACUCCGAGCGCAGGCAACACUUUGCAACCGACCACACGAUUCGUUCACAACCUCUAUGAGGAUUACAGCAUAUGUAACAGGCAUUAUACCCGUGGUUGCAGUUGCUAUGCGCUUUGCCUCGCGUUGGAUAGGUGGCAAUCGCUUUUGGUGGGACGACUGGAUUCAUCUGGCAUCAGCCCUCCUGUGUAUUCCACUCUGUGCUGUCUUCGAAUUCAACAUCGACGCGGGAAUCGGAAAGCAUUUAUGGGACUUAACAUAUCCCCGUGUGUUUGAGAUUGGGCGAUGGACCUAUGUUGCCACCAUACUGUGGGGUGUUGAGAUGCUGUUACUCAAGUACAGCAUCCUCUGCCUAUAUCUGCGUAUCUUUCCGCACGUUUGGCUGAAGCGGGCUUGCUUUGCUUUUAUGGCAUUUACGUUCUGUUGGGUUGUUCCUCUUCUCCUCACGGCAGCUAUUCGAUGUAAUCCUGUCCGAGCUCAAUGGGAUCUUGAGGCUGCAAAGACUGCUAAAUGUCUUGACUGGCUAAUUAUAUUGAAACUCACGGUCGUCUAUGAGGUUAUUGCAGAGAUUAUCCUGUUUGCUCUUCCUGUUCCAGUUGUCCUGAAGCUCCAGAUGGCAACCGCGAAAAAGAUUCAACUCAUCGUUUUCUUCGGUCUGGGACUGCUCAUCAUCGGAGUAUCAAUUGCGCGUGUGCCAUUUUUGAAAGGUGUCGUAGAUCAAAGCGAUCAGACUUACACAGUCACCGGCACGUCUAUGAGCACGUUCAUUGCUAGCGGACUUGGUCACUUUUGUGCCGCAGUGCCUACAGUACAAGCCCUGAUACGACGCGCUGUCAACGGCUUCAAGAAUCUUACUCAGGCAUCGUCAAGCGAUAAGACUGGUCGUUCACGUGGAUCCGCCGAUAAAAAGAAGUCUUACAAAACUUUGGAAGACUCAAAGAAUGGGUCGAACUACUCGGGUGAAACGCUCACAGUUUCAAAGCAACGGAGCAAGAAAGGGUCCAAAGAUCAAUACAGGCUCUCAACACAGCAGUUUUCAAGGUUUGAGGUAGAAGGUCACGAAGAGUUGGGUGAUGAUCAAUUUAUGGAGAUGCGUAGAGUGGGACCUUCUGCUACCAAGAAUACACAGACGGCUCACGGGAAGACAGGAGACUCACAAGGUCAUGCUGGUGUAGAAUCGCCAGUUAAGAUCGUGGUAUCAAGUCCUGUUCGGGGAGACUCAUCCUCUGAUAAAGCCAUGCUCGAUAAGGACUAUCAGGAGAGUGCCUGA